ACGUAUUUAGAGAAAUUAAAUCUAGAAAUAAGCAAAGGGUAAAUCAACAAUAAAAAAACGGAAAACUGUCUCCCUUCUCCAACCAAUGCCCCGUCGGUAAGGAACUGAAAGUCUGAAACACAAAUAGAGAGAGAGAGAGAGAGCUACACUCAGAGAAGGGUUGCUGGUAGUUGGCCUCUUCUUUCUUUUCUUCUGCAUUCAUUCGUUUCUUCUCUUUCGCUUUAUUCCUUUUCUUCGCUUUUGUGUUUCUUUUGAAUGACCGAAGGCAAGGAUAAUGGUGUGUGUCGAUGGAGAGGAAGAGGUAAGAGGGAAUCAAAUGGAGGGAGCUGAGGAAGAACUAGAGAGGAGGAGCCGGUUCUUAAGCAGUCUAAUACAGAAGAAGAAAGCGCUUGACCAAAAAGAGCACAAAGAGAAGAAUGAGAGGUUCAGCAUUCAAGUCAGGGCCUCGGACAUGCCUGUUGCUUUACAAGACCGAGCCUUUCGCUGUGCCAAGGAAUCCCUCGACUCCAUGCCCAAAAAGCUUGACAGCAAACGCCUUGCUCUUGCCCUUAAGAAGGAGUUUGACACAUCGUAUGGUCCAGCUUGGCAUUGCAUUGUAGGGACAAGCUUCGGUUCAUAUGUCACACAUUCUCUAGGAGGUUUCUUGUACUUCUCCAUUGACAAGAUCUACAUCCUUCUCUUCAGGACUGCUGUUGAACCUUUAGACCAAUGAAAUUACUCAGCAUCAUCAUCCAAGCCUCAUCCCAAGUAUAUGGAGUUGGCUAGAGUGCUAGACCAAUGAAAUUACCACGAACUUAAAUUCUACAAGCACAUAUGCAAGAAUAGACCCAUAAGGUUUAUUAACACGUAAAAUUAUGAAACUGCGUUAAGAUAUCAUCAUGUCUUAUUUGCUUUACCAUUCCAUGGAGGGUGAAGUCCUGAAACACAUUCUAGAACCUUAGAUCACUAGCACAUACUCCAUUUUGCAACUCAGUGCUUUGUUGUGAUGGUGGUACAUCAUAAUAUAAACUUUAAAUUCACUCUACAACUGUGUGUUCCGUGAUGCAAUAUUGGCUUCUCACGGGGCAAGUUCUUAGUUGCUUGGUCUGCA